AUGCGAGACGAGGUUCAUCCCGAAUUUCGACACAAACAUUUCCAUAAUGACUCUGAAAAGUCAAAUGAUUCGUCGAUUCAAUCGAAAUUUCAAAAAAUUCACACUGAGUGGAGCAAAGUUUAUAUAGGAGCACUUCUAUUGUUCUUUAUAAAUCUCGAGAAGAAUGUUUUAGCGUUAUCGGAUUGGCUUUACAUGAAACAGUUGGAUCCGACCGUAAGCCCGGACUUUUUUGGAGCUGUUUUGGGAGUGGCAAGGAUUGGUCAUGCUGUGGCGACGAUUGCUUUCAGUUAUUGGAGAUCGAAGACGAAAACGACAAAG